UUAUUUCCCUGAAGGCAGUUGGUGGUUAGCUUGAGAGCUGGAAGUUGCGUGCCUUAAAUCAGAGCAGCCUGGCAGCUUGGAGCGACUCUGCGCUCGGACUUUGCGCGUCUCGGGACGGACGGAGCGCAGCGGUACUCCCGCGUUGUUUCGCUCUUCGCUGACACCGCGGCGGGACUUCAAGGCGCUCAGGGCGGACAAGUUUCAUCUGCAACAGGAGCUUCUUACUUGGGGGAGCAGGGUCAAAACCUCUUGACACAGAUUCAGACCUGCGACUAAGAAUCACGUGGUGGAGUUCCACAGAGCGGGACCUCUGGCUGCACUUGACGACGAGUGUCAUCACUUCUCUGAUUUAAACUGGACCCUCUCCGGUGUGGAUUUCUCCACGGAUCCCCUUCCGCUCGGACGACCUUGCCCAACGCUGACAUGUUGAACUGAGCCGCGGCUACAAACGACACCAAGGCCUCUACCAGUCUCAGGACGUCGCUGAACUAAACGGGGAACAAUCGAUCUUUGCGGACGAUGUCGUAAUUGUCGGGUUUCCUGAGAGCUCCUGUUGUGAUGGCCGCCGCCACCUCUCCAGAGAGGCACCAGCCCCUCCUGCAGCUUCAAGAGGUGGACUCCAGUCGAGUCGGCAGUCGCAUCCUGUCUCCCGGUCUGACCAAUGAAGCCAUCUGCAUCCCGGCCCCGUACACCGACCUGGGCCACGACUUCACCCCCAUCCCUUUCUACAGCCCGACCAUUUUCAGCUACUCCGGUCAGGGGAUAUCCGAGUGUCCCUCUGUCCAUCAGUCGCUGAGCGCCUCCUUGUUCUGGCCCGGCCGCGGCCACGUGGGAACUGCCUUACCCCUGCACCGCUCCCAGGCUCGGGCGCAGCACGCCCAGGCUGCUCAGAACCCGUGGGAGAGCGUUUUAGCCAGCAGUAAGAGUGCGAGGAGGCUGUCCCAGGAGAGCGAGGAGGCCGUGGUGUCUUCAGGCGGCAAGGCCGACCUACACUACUGCGCCGUGUGUCACGACUACGCCUCAGGGUACCACUACGGCGUGUGGUCGUGCGAGGGCUGUAAGGCCUUUUUCAAGAGGAGCAUCCAAGGUCAUAACGACUACAUCUGUCCGGCAACCAAUCAAUGCACUAUAGACAAGAACCGACGUAAAAGCUGCCAAGCGUGCCGCCUUCGCAAAUGCUAUGAAGUCGGCAUGACCAAAUGUGGUUCUCUUUUUGCAGGUAUUCGCAAGGAGCGUGGGAACUGCAGGAGCACACUGGUGAGGCGAGUGACCCGUUUGUCCGCCCAGGGCCGAUUAAACAGACCCAAGGUGUUAACCACACCAGCAGAGAGCUCAUCCAGUGAGCCUCUGCCACCCGGACUGACCCCGGAGCAACUGAUCGAGCGGAUCGUUGAGGCGGAGCCUCCGGACAUCUACCUCAUGAAGGACAUAAAGAGGCCGCUGACGGAAGCAGAUGUGAUGAUGUCGCUCACAAACCUGGCGGAUAAGGAACUGGUUCACAUGAUCAGCUGGGCCAAAAAGAUUCCAGGGUUUGUGGAGCUCAGUCUUUUGGACCAGGUCCAUCUGUUGGAGUGCUGCUGGCUGGAGGUGCUGAUGAUGGGAUUAAUGUGGAGGUCCCUGGACCAUCCAGGGAAACUCAUCUUCUCCCCUGACCUCUGCCUGAGCAGAGAGGAGGGGAGCUGUGUGCAGGGCUUCGCGGAGAUCUUUGACAUGCUAAUCGCCGCCACGUCCAGAGUGAGAGAACUCAAGCUGACGAGGGAGGAAUACGUCUGCCUCAAGGCCAUGAUCCUCCUCAACUCCAACAUGUGCCUGAGCUCAUCCGAGGGCAGCGAGGAGCUGCAGAGCCGCUCCAAGCUGCUGCGCCUCCUGGACGCCGUGACGGACGCUCUGGUGUGGGCCAUCGCCAAAAGCGGCCUUAACUUCCGCCAGCAGUACACCCGCCUGGCCCAUCUCCUUAUGCUGCUCUCACACAUCCGCCAUGUCAGCAACAAAGGCAUGGACCACCUGCACUGCAUGAAGAUGAAAAACAUGGUGCCUUUGUACGACCUGCUGCUGGAGAUGCUGGACGCCCACAUCAUGCACAGCUCCCGUCUCCCUCGCCGGCCAGCCCAGCAGGACUCCACGGAUCAGUCGGAGACGGCCCCCGAUCAGGCCCACUGCUCCGCCGCCGGCCCCUCAAACACCUGGACUCCCAGCGGCGCUGGAGUCGCAGGCGAAGCCCAGUGUUCAGAUUAGAGAUCCGAUUCAAAGACUUCUCCCAGGAGGACUGAUGCCUUUCCGGAGCAAUCUGCAAAGACUUGAGAGCUGGAUUCUCUGCCUGAUCACUGGUGAAUCUGUAAAAACACACUGUGCACUAAUUCUGGUGAGUUCUCUGACUGCAGAAAGUUUAAAGCUCAAGAGGGUAGACCGGACCUGUUGGCUUCUCUUCUUACCACUCAGCAUGGAACAGAAACCAGAGGAACUUUCUAUCAAACUUGCAAUUUGACAUAGAGCCGCAGCACUUGCAUCUUCUGUCAGUUUUAGCAUAUUUUAAGGCAUAUCGAUACCUGCAGCUCACUCAGCUUUCGCUAUACACAGUGGCAUUUUUAUUUUAUUUUUUUCACCACUUAUAGGUUUGUUUUCAUCACAUUUCAGAUCAGAAAACGUUUAAUAUCAAACAUAAGCUGAAUAAAUGCUAAUAUUAUUGAGGGAUUUUAUUUAAGGGGAAAAGGCUAAGCAAAGAAAGUAAGGUACCCGUUUAAAAUCAUGACUAAUCGCUUAUUUUGUGCCUCACAGAAUAGGCCAGGAGUUCACAAAAGAGCCCAGAAGAACCUCUAAAGCGCCACAGGCCACACUUAUCUUUAAAGGUCAGCAUUUGUGAUUGAAAAAUUAGAAAAAGACUGGUCAUCGAUGGGAAAGUUUUAAGCUGAGAGCCACUGCUGUGACAUAAAACCCUCCAAUGUGGCUGAAUUAAAACAAUUCUCUAAAGAGUGGCGACCAAAAACGGUGCCGCCAGGUUUUUAGGUUUAGAGGACAGUAACUUUUUCCACACCAGGUUGGCUUGUGUAGCUUUUUUUUUACCCUUAAUAAAUGAAAUCCUCAGUUGCAUUUUAUAUUAUGUCAGGCUAUAUUCAUCAUAUAUUUCAAUUAAUUUCAUCUGCAAUAUGUAACUUUGACAAAAAAAAAAAAAAAAAAAAGCAGAGGCAAAAGAAAUCUUUCAAAUACCUUUUAACAGGACUGCCUUUCUGACAGCUGCUCUGCAGUUUCUAGAUUCUUUGAAAUCUUUCAACCUUCUGCAUCAAUGACUUAAAAACACCACUAGAUUUCCACAGCACUCCUCACAGCGGUUUCUUUUUCACUUCAUUGUAAUUUCCAUACAAUAGUGUCUCAAAGGCGAGCCGUAAUUUUAAUCGUAACCCGUUCUUUUCCUGUCGUUUUAAAGUGGCCUCCAUCAGCGGUUCUUUAGACUUUUCAAAGUUUUUCCUUUGGGCCUUUAGAUGUGAUUUCACUCUGUUCGGUCCGUCACCUGACCAUUUUCAAAGAAGCGAUUCUGUUUGUUUUUGCCUCGUUAAUCCUUUGAAGUCUGGCUGAUGAACCGAAAAGGCAUAAAAAGAGAUCUGGUGGAUAAUUACGUUUCAGCAGAGGUGUGCACUUAUAAAUAAUAUGAAAAAAAAAACACACAAAAAGAGGACACUCUGCUAUAAAUGGUAUCUGAAACGGAUAUGUUUAAUAAGCUGUAAUAAAAAAAACUGGUGAGAUUGUUUAAAAAGCCUGGAAAUUAUAAAGAAAAGCUCUUGAAAGUCAAAGUCCGACUCACUAAUCCACCUCACAGCGGUAUAAAACCAUCUAUGGCUGACGUCCAGUAACCCACGUCUCCUCAGGGAACUUCAGCAGGACUCAUGUUCCAUGUGUCAAGCUGCUUUCCCCUUCAGGCUGUUUUACUAAACUGGAUACUCUUAUCGUUUGCCGUCACAUUAAUGCAGAAAUAAAGACAGCUUUUAAGAGUUAGAGCCUUUGCUCUAGAAAAAAAAAAAUCAGAUUUAGCCAGUGACUACAUUUAUAUGGACAGAGAUAUCCAAGCUAGGACAACAGUGACGUUAUGCCAUCUCGGCGGCCUACCAUCUUCUGUUACCAAGCUCCGAAAUUCUCUUGACAAGAAAUUGCUGUCCAUGUAAAUAGUGCAUCGCCGCAUCUAAUCGUUAUCUGCGGGUUUAGAUUAUCUCUCAGAUUCAGAGGUGAAGGAGACACGUGUCCAUGAAGCACUGGAAACACAACCAGGGGUCUGUUGGAAUUUUCUGUAAAACUGUAACUGUGAAUCUAGAUCUCUGUAACAAGCCAACAAACCAGGACUUUAUGCAAUUUUUUUCCCCCCCUCUUCUGAUUUCUUCAACUUUGAGCUUGGAGGUUGCUAUUAGCUUUAGGACAAGUCGGGACAGUCAGGCCGAUUGUUGGGAUCUGCGGUCUAUUAAACUACAGAUGCCCCAAUCAGGAUGUGUUUUUUCUUCCCUGAUACUAAUCCGGGUUAAGAAUGCAUUUGCUAACGGUCCCAAUCCAAUGUCACAUCAAAGCUGAUACGAUGAAUGCCAUGUACGUGCAUUAAUAUACCACUUCAGUAUGUGGUGCUGUAACUGAUUUCCCCAUUGUGGGACAAUAAAGGUAUUUCUAUUCUGUUCCCGGCAACCUGUUGCCUGAAAUGGGUUUAGUUUCUAAACAGAGUUAAAACCAAGUUAUUUACAUACACUGUACAUAUAAAAAAGAAAAAUCUGACUUUAAAUCAGAUAUGACUCAAGUUUUUUUUUUUAGGUUAGUUAGGAUUACCAAAAUUAUUAGCCAGACGCCAGAUUAAUUAUUAGGUUUUGUUUUUUAAGAAAAAAUGUAAACACUGUUUUUCAAUUCAGAAGUGUAAAUACACUAAGAUUAUUAAGUCUAAUUAUAAUAGCUAUGAUAUCCAGGCGUUUGGAGGCUUUAAUUCACGACAUUUGUGUGAAACGAAGGCACAUCAGUAGACGUGGACGGACAUGCAUCCUGCUUCCUCUUGUGAAAAAUCAAAAGUACGUUAAUGGUGGACGUCUAUAAAUCUGGUUCAUCUUCAGCUACAUUUUCUAGAUGCCCAAAAAGUAGCUCGUUAAUCUGGAUCUGAAGCUGGAACUAAAGUGCCAUUAUCCACAGUGACAGAGUCCCGUACCAACAGAUUAAAAUGUACAGAUGCACACAUGGACAACACUUCUCCAACAUGAAAAGGUGUGCGCGACUUGCAAACCUGACCAAGGUACACGGGUUCUAUCAGGAGGAGCGGACCAAACAUCCUCCGAAAUAUUGCGAGGAACUUGUGGAAGAAUACACACAACGUUCGACCCAAGUCAUACAAGCCAACGCUCAACAAAAUGAAUCUGCUAUUCUGGCAUUUAGCAAAUAGAAAUCAUCUUGGUAAUCCUAACUGAUCUAAGACAGAAAAAGUUUGAUUUAAUGUCAGACAAAAAAAAAAAAA